UUGGGUGGAAAUCAUCUUUUUUUUUUUCUUUUUUUUUUUUUAUCCAUGAAAAAAGGAGGAAAAAAGCCCCCAAAAAAGAGACCGACCGAAAGUUUCUAGAAAGUUGGUUCAAAUGCAUCCCAAGCGUGCCCGUGAGGAAAUGCGGCUUUGAGAAGAAGACAGACUGGCAAGAAGGAGAAAAUUGAGAAAAUAAUAAUUUUUCAAAGAAGAAGGGGGGGAAAAAAAAAACACUUUCACACUUUUUUUUUUUUUUUUUUUUUUUUUUUUGCAUUUUAGUAGCUUCGACCCAGGGAGUGAAAUCCGGGCAGGUUGUUAUAGCUACCCAAAUCCACAGGGGUCCCCCCUGUCUAUUUAAACCCCCUAAAUCUUCCUUCCCCUUUUUAAAACUACAUUUUAUCCCUUGGCUUGUGGGCCAACGUGCCCCCUAAUGAGUAUUAAAACACUAUCUCCUUGCAAUUAGCUCAUUCCUGACUUCACGCUCCUGAUUGACAGAACAAGCCAAAGCAUCAGAAUUCUCCCUUUGGCAAUAAGUGCUGAUUGGGUCCUUUUUAAGAGAGCUACUUCAAACUUUUUUUUUCUUUUUUUUUUUUUCUUUUUUUUUUUUUUUUUAAUAUUUGCCUUCAGUGUCUUGGCUGAGAGAAGAGUUUUUUACCUCUCUGAGAUUUUUUUUUUCCUUGAGAGUAGUAGAGGAAGCAAGAGAGGAUUUACCUGGUCGGGUUGAGUUCACUUCAUUUGACUUUUUUUUUUUUAAUUAUUGUUAUUAUUAUUAUUAUUAAAAUAAUCAUCCUGCCUCAGAAGAAAGGAAGGUUUUUGGCAACUCUGGUUAAAAAAAAAAAAAAAAAAAAGAAAGACAACUUUUCAUCAAUGGCCUCUUUUGGAUAUUUCCUGUUUCUUUGUGGGUUGAGUCAGGCUCUGUCAAGUUACCCAAUCUGGUGGUCCUUGGCAAUUGGUCACCAGUAUUCCUCCCUGGGCACUCAGCCCAUCCUCUGCGGGAGCAUCCCGGGCCUGGUGCCCAAGCAGCUGCGCUUUUGUCGGAACUACGUGGAGAUCAUGCCCAGUGUGGCAGAAGGUGUAAAGAUUGGGAUCCAGGAAUGCCAACACCAGUUUCGAGGGAGAAGGUGGAACUGCACGACCGUCAAUGACAGUUUGGCCAUCUUUGGGCCCGUGUUGGAUAAAGCCACCAGGGAGUCAGCCUUCGUCCACGCCAUCGCCUCCGCCGGCGUGGCCUUCGCCGUCACCAGAUCCUGCGCCGAGGGCUCGGCCACCAUCUGCGGGUGUGACACGCGCCACAAGGGCUCUCCUGGCGAGGGCUGGAAGUGGGGGGGCUGCAGCGAGGACGUGGAAUUUGGGAGCAUGGUGUCCCGGGAGUUCGCGGAUGCCCGGGAGAACAGGCCCGACGCUCGCUCGGCCAUGAACAGGCACAACAACGAAGCUGGAAGGACAUCCAUCAUUGAGCUCAUGCACCUCAAGUGCAAGUGCCACGGGCUCUCGGGCAGCUGUGAAGUGAAGACCUGCUGGUGGUCCCAGCCAGACUUCAGGGUCAUCGGUGACUACCUCAAGGACAAGUACGACAGCGCGUCAGAAAUGGUGGUGGAGAAACACCGGGAAUCCCGCGGCUGGGUCGAGACCCUCCGACCCAAAUACAACUUCUUCAAGGCCCCAACUGAGAAGGACCUGGUUUACUAUGAGAACUCACCAAACUUUUGUGAGCCCAACCCUGAGACGGGCUCCUUCGGGACCCGCGACAGGAUCUGCAACGUCACUUCCCACGGGAUCGAUGGCUGCGACCUUUUGUGCUGCGGCCGUGGGCACAACACGAGGACUGAGAAAAGGAAAGAGAAGUGUCACUGUAUCUUCCACUGGUGCUGCUACGUCCGCUGCCAGGAGUGCAUACGAGUCUACGACGUCCACACGUGCAAAUAA